AUGCUUAUUCCUCUUUUUGGAUCCAAGUCUUUUGGCCGGAGAAGCCCAGAUGGACCAGCACUGAGCAAAGCUGAAUUUGUUGAGAAAGUUCGUCAGAGCAACCAGGCCUGUCAGGAUGGAGAUUUCAACACGGCCAUUGUCCUGUAUAAUGAGGCCCUUGCUGUGGACCCUCAGAACUGUAUCUUGUACAGUAAUAGGUCUGCAGCUUACCUGAAAAUCCAGGAAUAUCAUAAAGCCCUGGAUGAUGCAAUCAAAGCCCGACUUCUAAAUCCCAAAUGGCCAAAGGCAUACUUCCGACAGGGUGUUGCCCUCCAGUAUCUUGGACGCCAUGCAGAUGCUCUGGCAGCCUUUGCAUCAGGCCUGGCCCAGGAUCCCAAGAGUCUGCAGCUUCUCGUUGGGAUGGUGGAAGCGGCCAUGAAAUCUCCCAUGCGAGAGUCCCUCGAGCCCACCUACCAGCAGCUUCAGAAGAUGAAACUGGACAAGAGCCCCUUCGUGGUGGUGUCGGUGGUCGGCCAGGAGCUGCUGACGGCCGGCCAUCACGGUGCCUCCGUGGUGGUCCUGGAAGCCGCCCUGAAGAUCGGCACGUGCAGCCUGAAGCUCAGGGGCUCCGUGUUCUCCGCCCUGAGCAGCGCCUACUGGUCCCUGGGCAACACAGAGAAAAGCACUGGCUAUAUGCAACAGGAUCUGGAUGUAGCCAAGACCUUAGGUGACCAGACGGGUGAAUGCCGAGCGCACGGCAAUCUGGGCUCGGCAUUCUUCUCCAAAGGAAACUACCGGGAGGCCCUCACAAACCACAGACACCAGCUGGUGCUGGCCAUGAAGCUCAAGGACCGAGAGGCCGCCUCUUCCGCCCUGAGCAGCCUGGGCCACGUCUACACAGCCAUUGGCGACUACCCCAACGCCCUGGCCAGCCACAAGCAGUGCGUCCUUCUGGCCAAGCAGUCCAAAGAUGAACUGUCCGAAGCCAGGGAGCUGGGCAACAUGGGCGCCGUGUACAUCGCCAUGGGCGACUUUGAGAACGCCGUGCAGUGCCACGAGCGGCACCUGGAAAUCGCCAAGGACCUGGGCAACAAGAGGGAGGAGGCCCGGGCCUACAGCAACCUGGGCAGCGCCUACCACUACCGCAGGAACUUCGACAAGGCCAUGUCCUACCACAACCACGUGCUGGAGCUGGCCCAGGAGCUGCUGGAGAAGGCCAUCGAGAUGCGCGCCUACGCCGGCCUAGGCCACGCGGCCAGGUGCAUGCAGGACCUGGAGAGGGCCAAGCAGUACCACGAGCAGCAGCUGGACAUCGCCGAGAGCCUCAAGGACCGGGCCGCCGAGGGCCGGGCCUCCUCCAACCUGGGAAUCAUCCACCAGAUGAAGGGCGACUACGACGCGGCCCUGAAGCUCCACAAGGCGCACCUGUCCAUCGCGCAGGAGCUGAACGACUACGCGGCCCAGGGCCGGGCUUACGGCAACAUGGGCAACGCCUACAACGCGCUGGGCCUCUACGACCAGGCCGUCAAGUACCACCGGCAGGAGCUGCAGAUCUCCAUGGAGGUCAACGACCGUGCCUCGCAGGCCUCCACGCACGGGAACCUGGCCGUGGCCUACCAGGCCCUGGGCGCCCACGACCGCGCGCUGCAGCACUACCAGAACCACCUGAACAUCGCCCGCGAGCUGCGGGACGUGCAGAGCGAGGCGCGCGCCCUCAGCAACCUGGGCAACUUCCACUGCUCGCGCGCCGAGUACGCGCAGGCGGCGCCCUACUACGCGCAGUACCUGCGGCUCUCGCCCGAGCUGCAGGACAUGGAGGGUGAGGGCAAGGUCUGCCACAACCUGGGCUACGCCCACUACUGCCUGGGCAACUACGCCGAGGCCGUCAAGUACUACGAGCAGGACCUGGCCCUGGCCAAGGACCUGCACGACAAGCUCAGCCAGGCCAAGGCCUACUGCAACCUGGGCCUGGCCUUCAAGGCCCUGCUGAACCUGGCCAAGGCCGAGGAGUGCCAGAAGUACCUGCUCUCCCUGGCCCAGGCCCUCAACAACCCCCAGGCCAAAUUCCGGGCCCUGGGCAACCUGGGGGACAUCUUCAUCUGCAAAAAGGACGUGGCCGGCGCCAUCAAGUUCUACGAGCAGCAGCUGGGCCUGGCGCACCAUGUGCAAGACCGGCGGCUGGAGGCCGGCGCCUAUGCAGCCCUGGGCACGGCCUACCGGCUGGCACAGAAGCACGACAAGGCGCUGGGCUACCACACGCAGGAGCUGGAGGUCUGCCAGGAGCUGGGCGACCUGCCGGGCGAGGGCCGCGCCCACGGCCACCUGGCCGCCGUCUACAUGGCGCUGGGCAAGUACUCGAUGGCCUUCCAGUGCUACCGCGAGCAGCUGGAGCUGGGCCAGAAGCUCAAGGACCCCGGCGUGGAGGCGCAGGUCUAUGGCAACAUGGGCAUCACCAAGAUGAACAUGAACGUGGUGGAGGAGGCCAUCGGCUACUUCGAGCAGCAGCUGGCCACGCUGCAGCAGCUCAGCGGCAACGAGGCCGUGCUGGACCGCGGCCGGGCCUACGGCAACCUGGGCGACUGCUACGAGGCGCUGGGCGACUUCGAGGAGGCCGUCAAGUACUACGAGCAGUACCUGUCAGUGGCGCAGAGCCUGAACCGCAUGCAGGACCAGGCCAAGGCCUACCGGGGCCUGGGGAACGGGCACAGGGCCAUGGGGAGCCUGCAGCAGGCACUCGUGUGCUUCGAGAAGAGGCUGGUGGUGGCCCACGAGCUGGGGGAGGCCUCCAACAAGGCGCAGGCCUACGGCGAGCUGGGCAGCCUGCACAGCCAGCUGGGCAACUACGAGCAGGCCAUCUCGUGCCUGGAGCGCCAGCUGAACCUGGCCAGGGACAUGAAGGACCGCGCCCUGGAGAGUGACGCCGCCUGCGGCCUGGGCGGCGUCUACCAGCAGAUGGGCGACUACGACACGGCCCUGCGCUACCACCAGCUGGACCUGCAGAUCGCCGAGGAGACCCACAACGCCACGGGCCAGGGCCGCGCCUACGGCAACCUGGGCCUGACCUACGAGUCCCUGGGCACCUUCGAGAGGGCCGUGGUCUACCAGGAGCAGCACCUCAGCAUCGCCGCCCAGAUGAAUGACCUGGUGGCCAAGACGGCCUCCUACAGCAGCCUGGGCCGCACGCACCACGCGCUGCACAACUACUCACAGGCUGUCAUGUACCUGCAGGAAGGUCUGAGGCUGGCCGAGCAGCUGGGCCGGAGGGAGGACGAAGCCAAAAUUCGCCACGGCCUCGGCCUCUCCCUCUGGGCCAGCGGAAACCUGGAGGAGUCCCAGCACCAGCUCUACAGAGCCUCGGCCCUGUUCGAAACGAUCCGCCACGAGGUACAGCUGAGCACAGACUACAAGCUGUCGCUGUUUGACCUGCAGACGUCCUCCUACCAGGCCCUGCAGCGGGUGCUCGUCAGCCUCGGCCAUCAUGAUGAAGCCCUGGCCGUGGCAGAGAGGGGCAGGACCAGGGCGUUUGCCGAUCUCCUGGUGGAACGUCAGACCGGCCACCAGGACUCUGACCCAUAUUCGCCAGUGACGAUUGACCAGAUCUUAGAAAUGGUGAAUGGCCAGCGGGGACUUGUACUCUACUACUCCCUGGCAGCAGGUUACCUGUACAGCUGGCUGCUGGCUCCUGGUGCAGGAAUUCUCAAGUUUCACGAAUACUAUUUGGGUGAUAACAUGGCGGAGAACUGCAGCGACUUCCAGGAAACCAGCAGCGUGCUCCUGCAGACGGUCUCCGGCUCCGGCCUGGAGCAGCACAUUGCCAGCGUGCGGGAGGCCUUGGGGGUAGACUCCUAUUACACCAGACCCUGUGCCAGCAGCGAGACGGAGAGCGAGGCCGGAGACAUCAUGGACCAGCAGUUUGAGGAGAUGAGCAGCAAGCUCGCCUCCGUCACUGACCCCACCGGCUUCCUGAGGAUGGUCAGCCGGAAUCACCUCUUCAACCGGAGCUGCCACAGCAUGACCAGCUUGUUCAGCAACACCGUGUCGCCCAUUAAGGAUGGGACAUCCUCGCUUCCCAGAAGGCCCAGCUCCCUCAGCAAGCCCCCGCUUCGGGCUCUGUACGACCUGCUCAUAGCGCCCAUGGAAGGGGGCCUGAUGCACUCCAGCGGGCCCGUGGGGCGCCAUCGGCAGCUGGUCCUGGUGCUGGAAGGAGAGCUGUACCUCAUUCCUUUUGCCCUCCUGAAAGGGAGCUCCUCCAACGAGUAUCUGUAUGAGCGCUUCACCCUCAUCGCAGUGCCCUCCAUCCGGGCCCUGAGCCCCAACUCCAAGUCUCUCCUGAGGAAGAGCGCGCCCGCCUUCUCCAGCUCCACCUCGAUGGCGGCCGUCAUCGGCAACCCCAAGCUGCCCUCGGCAGUCAUGGACCGCUGGCUGUGGGGGCCGGUGCCCUCGGCGGAGGAGGAGGCCUACAUGGUGUCGGAGCUGCUGGGCUGCCAGCCUCUGGUGGGCGCGGUGGCCACCAAGGAGCGCGUCAUGAGCGCCCUGAGCCAGGCCGAGUGCGUGCACUUCGCCACCCACAUCUCCUGGAAGCUGUCCGCCCUGGUGCUGACCCCCAACGCCGAGGGCACCCCCGGGGGCAGCCGCAGCUCCUUCGGCAACCCCUACACCAUCCCCGAGUCCCUGCGCAUGCAGGACGAUGCCAGCGACGCCGAGAGCAUCUCAGACUGCCCGCCCCUGCAGGAGUUCCUGCUCACGGCCGCCGACAUCCUGGACCUGCGGCUCCCGGGCAAGCUGGUGGUGCUGGGCUCCUACCAGGAGUCGGGCGGCAGGGUCACGGCCGACGGCGUCAUCGCCCUGACCCGGGCCUUCCUGGCGGCGGGCGCCCAGUGCGUGCUGGUGUCGCUGUGGCCCGUGCCCGUGGCCGCCUCCAAGAUGCUGAUCCACGCCUUCUACUCCUCCCUGCUGAACGGGCUGCGGGCCAGCGCCGCCCUGGGUGAGGCCAUGAAGGGGGUGCAGAGCAGCAAGCAGUUCUCGCACCCGUCCAACUGGGCAGGCUUCCUGCUCAUCGGCAGCGACGUGAAGCUCAACAGCCCCUCAUCCCUCAUCGGCCAGGCCCUGACGGAGAUCCUGCAGCACCCGGAGAGAGCCCGAGACGCCCUGCGCGUGCUGCUCCACCUGGUGGAGAAGUCCCUGCAGCGGAUUCAGAACGGGCAGCGCAACGCCAUGUACACCUCCCAGCAGAGCGUGGAGAACAAGGUGGGCGGCAUCCCCGGCUGGCAGGCGCUCCUCACCGCCGUGGGGUUCAGGCUGGACCCUCCGGCCAGCGGGCUGCCCGCCGCCGUCUUUUUCCCAACUUCUGACCCCGGCGAGCGGCUCCAGCAGUGCAGCACCACCCUGCAGUCUCUCCUGGGGCUGCCGUCCCCCGCCCUCCAGGCCCUGUGCAAACUCAUCACUACCUCGGAAGCUGGAGAACAACUCAUCAGCCGGGCUGUUAAAAAUAUGGUUGGAAUGCUCCACCAGGUCUUGGUCCAGCUCCAAGCCGGAGAGAAGGAACAGGAUUUCUCCUUGGCUCCAAUCCAAGUCUCCAUCAGUGUCCAGCUCUGGCGGCUCCCCGGCUGUCACGAGUUCCUGGCAGCCCUCGGUUUUGACCUCUGUGAAGUUGGCCAAGAAGAGGUGAUUCUGAAAACUGGAAAACAAGCCAAUCGAAGAACCAUACAUUUUGCUCUCCAGUCCCUGCUGUCUCUCUUUGAUUCCACAGAGCUCCCGAAACGCCUCAGUCUGGACAGCUCCUCAUCCCUGGAGUCUCUGGCCUCGGCCCAGUCCAUCUCCAACCAGGCUCCCUUGGGGUACCCGAACCCUCCGUUUUCCCCAACUUGCCCGGAGAGCGUGGCCUCGGACGCCAUUUCCGUGUACAGCCUGAGUUCCAUCGCCUCUUCCAUGAGUUUUGUUUCCAAGCCUGAGGGCACCCUGGAAGGCGUAGGAUCCAGAGGGCGGCAGGACGGAGAAAAGCCCAAGAACCCCUCUUGCCAGCGGCCUUCCGCCCCGAGGAGCCAGCUGUCUCCACAGAGCAGCACCGCAGCCGGCAAAGAGGAAGAAGAAUAUGAAGGAUUCUCCAUCAUUAGCAACGAGCCCUUGGCCACUUACCAAGAAAAUGUAAAAACGAGAUUUUCACCAGAUCCCAAACAGAGCAAAGUUGGGCCGCCCGGGGGCAUUAAAUUAUCUGUCAGCUCCAAAGGCAGCAUAAGCACCCCCAAUUCUCCCGUGAAAAUGACUCUCAUUCCCAGUCCAAACUCACCUUUCCAAAAAGUCGGGAAACUUGCGAGUUCCGAUACUGGCGAAUCCGACCAGUCUAGCACUGAAACCGAUAGUACUGUUAAAUCCCAAGAGGAAAACGCCCCGAACCUCGAUCCCCAAGAGUUGGCCCAGAAGAUUCUGGAGGAGACGCAGAGCCACCUCCUGGCUGUGGAGCGCCUCCAGCGCAGCGGCGCCCAGGGAGCCCAAAGUGGCCCCGGCGAAGACGGGGCUCCCCCGGCCGGCCCCGGCGCCUUCCGAGCUUCCGAGACGAGUGCGUUCAGCCGGCCGGUGCUCUCCAGCCAGCGGAGCCAGCGCUCGUCCCCGGUGAGCGCCCGGCCCAAGCCCCCCACGAGGAGCUCGUCCCUGCAGAAGGUGAGCUCGGGCUACAGCAGCCCCGCGGCCAAGGAGGGCAGCGGCCGGCCCUCGCCCAGCACCGAUUCUCCCAGCUCUCUCACGGACCAGCCUCACUUUAAGCUCAAGUACCCCAGCUCUCCCUACAGCGCCCACAUCUCCAAGUCACCCAGGAACAUGUCCCCGAGUUCCGGGCAGCAGUCGCCCGCCGGCAGCGCUCCUUCUCCGGCUCUCUCUUACUCCUCGGCCGGCUCGGCCCGCUCCAGCCCCGCCGACGCCCCGGAUCUGGACAAGCUGAAGAUGUCGGCCAUCGACGAGAAGGUGCAGGCCAUCCACAACCUGAAGAUGUUCUGGCAGAGCACCCCCCAGCCUCCCCCGGGCCCCGUGAAGAUAUUCCGCGGGGCCCCUGGCACCAUGACUUCCAAAAGGGACGUGCUGAAUCUGCUCAAUUUGUCCCCACGCCACAGCAAAAAGGAGGAGGGGGUAGACAAGCUGGAACUCAAAGAACUCUCCCUGCAGCAGCAGCACCCCGCGUCUCCCCCGGCAAACCCCCCCAAUGGCCACAGACGCUCGGACGCCAGCGCCCCGACCCCCUCCCCGGGGCCGGCAGGCGCCCCCCCGGGGCCCAUGCGCCCCUUGAGACUGCCCUCGGGCAACGGCUACAAGUUCCUCUCCCCUGGGAGGUUUUUCCCUUCCUCCAAAUGUUAACGUGACUUUCCCACGGGUCAGCGCCAGGGAGGGUCCCGCGGAGGGCCGCGGCUCGCUUCUGCCUACUUGCCUUGUUCAAGGGGAAAAGCAACCAGUUUUGCUAAAGACCCAUCAGCUCCGGGGUGAGCGCUGCCCCUCCCCCGCGACCCCCGGAGCUGAUUUCCGGGCAGCCAGGACAGGGGAUCUUGGGGUGGAGUCUCCCCGCCAUUCACCAAAUGUUAACCUUUGAACUUGCCGAUUCUCAUUCUGGGUCUGAUAAUGCGGGAGGAUUUUUAUACAGAAAUUGUUCGUGGGGGGGAGGGGAGAGGAAAGGGAGCACCUAUUUUGCUAAGAGGUAUAUCCGUAUACCUUUUGUACACAGAUUUUUUUUUAAGGCCUCCAGGUGCUGGCGGAAGUGGGAUCGAGAAAAGGUUUUCUUAGAGCCCCCCCAAAAGCGUUCUCUUAGCCAAAAAUAGAUGCCAAUGAUUUGUAAUGAAAUUAGAGAAGUUUGGGUCUUGUAGUCUUGGACUUUCCCAGCACCAAUGCAAUAAUUCAGGUUAAAACUGUGCUUCCACUCUGAACUUUGGUCAGUCACUCACUAUCUCUCAAAACGUCCCUCUGGGCCCCGCGACGGCAGCCAAACUUGAAUUUUUCUCAAAAUUCAAGAAUCGACCUUAUCCAGGCAUUUUAGAGCUAUGCAAAUACGAUGAAAAUGCAACUUUUAUGCUUUUCAAACAUUUUGGGCCUUUUUUGUACUUGGGUAACUAGAAACAACUUGGUUUUAUUAUGAAUAAUAAUGAUAACACUUUACAUUUAUACAACACUGUUGUUUUUUAAAGCUCAAAACAUUUUCUAAAAAGUGUCUAAAAAGUCUGACUGCUCAUCAACAAGUAGCGGCCAACAAGUUGGGAAGAAAAACGGUUUGAUUUUCCAUUUUGUUAUAAGCAAAAGAAUGUCGUUUGGCUCAGUAGGUGCAAGCCGAGGAGUGGGGGGUCGCGGCCUGCGCCCCCACUCUAGCACUCCCCUUCCUCCCCGCCUCUUUGUUCUAACUCCAAGCCUCCCACCUUCCAUGCCAUCCAUUAACUAGUUCACGAUUCAUCCGGGGCUGCUGGGAAGACUCUUUCCCAGAAGAGGUCCCCUGCGGCUCAUGGGCCCGAAUGCUCGUGAGCUGCACCUGUAGCUGGCACAUGGGGCAGAACGGAGCAGGAGAGAGGAGCCGGAGGGAGAGAUGAGCCAGGGCACGUUUCCAGGGUCACCGCCAGAGGGAGGAAGGGGAGAUCAAGCAUAGGUUGUGUAUUAGUCUGGAGGAGAAAUGCCCCCGAAUCAUGGAGUCCGUGUAGUGUUGAGUCAGAGAAUUUAAAUAUGUUAACAAGAGUUGACCCCACCCCCUUGUCAUUGUCUGUGGGCCGUCCUUGGAUGUGGCAGAGACAUUGUGCUAGUCGGUGGGGGGGACUCGAGUUGUCAGAGUACUACCUUCCCUUCUUGCACUAAAUCACUUUAUACCCAUAAACAAGCCACUUAGCCUGACUGUGCCUCAUUUGGUCCAUCUGCAAAAUGGAUGGAAUAAUCGUGGCCCGAUUCAUAUUUUUCACACUAGGAAUUCUCCAGAAGAAAUGUGUCCCAGAAGUACAAGGUAGAGAGCUGGUCAUUUUAAAUUCUCCUCCUGAGCACGAUGCAUGUAGGGUUUGGGGGGGGGUGCUAUUUGGGGAAUUUAUAGGGGUCUUGCAUUUAAAAUCAUUGUAGCCACGUCAAUGAAUGCAAACUCAAACUCCUCAGAUAUGAAGGCACAUGUUUUUGUAAGCACUUAAGCAACUUAAGUUGGUGGGGGUGAUUUUCACUGAUAAUAGAAGCUCCAGCCCCAGAGAAAAGCCAAAUUUGCAGCCCUGGGUAUUUGGCCAACAGAAUGAGAGCUAAACCAUCAAAAAUUAGCUGGAAAGGGGCAGCUAGGGGGCGCAGUGGCUAGAGCACCAGCUCUGAAGUCGGAAAGACCUGAGUUCAAAUCUGCCUCA